AUGGCUGGGUUGCUAGACCGUAAGCUGCCGAUCAAACAUGUGGUACUGUUUGGUGCUGCUGUGCUGCUGAUAUGCUGCUUCUUCAUCUACGACCGAUGUCUGGUGGAAACGAUCAACUCGUACCAAGUGCUGUACGACCAUAACCGUGCCCGGGCCGACCGGAUCGAGCAGGAAGUUGGACAGGGACCGGGCGGCCGCACACGCUACAUACUGCUGUACACGAGCUUUUUCAGCGAGAAACGGUGGGGCUUGCAGGCGGAAACGCUCGGACCAGAGUUCUUUGCGAUGAAGCACUGUCCGGCAACGAACUGCGUGUUAACCAGCUACCAUCAGCUAUUGCCAUCCGUCACCGAGUACGAUGCGAUCGUGUUUCACGUUGCGACAAACUGGGAUGGACCGCUGCCAACGGUCCGAAGCCCGCAUCAGGUGUAUGUGGCCGCACUGAUGGAGUCACCGGCACACACGAAACAUACGCUCAGUUUGGACGGCCAGUACUUCAACUGGACGAUGACGUACCGGCUAGAUUCGGACGUACUGUUCAACUACCUAAACGUUGUCGAUCUGGAGAGCGGGCAAGUGAUAAGCCCGGCCAUUAGUCCGAGCUGGCGCAACGGCUUCCAGGAGUUUAUCAAUGCGACGCUUCUGGAGACGGUGGCUAGCAAGCGCAAGAUGGCAACCCAGUUCGUAUCACACUGUGGGGCACUGUCCGGCCGUGAUCAGCUAGUAAGGAAGAUGCAGUCGAUCGGGUUCGAGGUGGACGUGUAUGGAGCGUGCGGUCCUCUAACGUGUCCCCGAGGUAAACCCGAAUGCGAACAGAUGCUAGACACGGUGUACUGGUUCUAUCUAUCGUUUGAAAAUUCUCUCUGUGUCGAUUACGUCACCGAGAAGUUGUACAACGCGCUAAGCCACAACAUAGUACCGGUUGUGUUCGGUGGUGCCGACUACAAUCGCUUCAUGCCACCCGGUUCCUACAUUGACGUGCAGGACUACGGCACGGUGAACGAGCUGGUCGACUACCUGCGCUACCUCGUGGACAACCCGAGUGAAUACAUUCGGUACUUCUGGUGGAAGGAGCAUUACGCACUCGAGAAUACCAACUCGUACUGCGAUCUCUGCACGAAGCUGCACAGUGUGGAUGCACGAGAGAAGGUACAGUAUUACCGUAGUAUUAAAAAUUGGUGGUAUGACGAAGCAUGUACGGCGAAGCCAAAGAUACAGUUUUAAGCACGUUAUCGUUA